AUGGCUACAAAUUUCAAUUUGUAUGGGGUGUUAUGUGCAGUUCUAUUCCCUUUAUUUUUAAUACAACGGACGGAUGCUGCAGCAGUUAUAUCUAUCGAUUUCGGUUCAGAAUGGAUGAAAGUAGGCAUUGUGUCGCCUGGUGUUCCGAUGGAAAUUGUAUUGAAUAAGGAGUCAAAGAGGAAGACUCCGGCUGUUGUCGCGUUCAGGGAUGGAGUAAGAACCUUUGGAGAAGACGCCGUCACGGUCGGCGUGAGAUUUCCGAAAAAUUCUUACAAAUAUUUAUUAGAUUUGCUUGGGAAACCAUAUGAUCAUCCGAUGGUACAAGCAUACAGGCAAAGGUACCCAUAUUAUGAAUUAGUAGAAUCAGAGCGUGGAACACCUGAGUUUGUUCAUGAUGAUAAAACAAGAUUUACUCCUGAAGAGUUGAUAGCUCAAUUGUUAGCUAAGGCGAAAGAGUUUGCUGAAGUUAGUCAUGGCCAACAAAUAAGUGAAUGUGUAAUCACUGUACCUGGAUACUUCAAUCAAGCUGAACGUCGCUCUAUGAAGGAAGCUGCUGCCCUAGCUGGACUUAAUGUUCUACAGCUCAUCAAUGAUUAUACUGGCAUUGCUAUCAAUUAUGGCAUAUUCAGAAGGAAGGAAAUCAAUGAAACUGCUUGGUAUGCAUUGUUCUUUGAUAUGGGAGCUGCAUCAACCAAGGCUGCUCUUGUAGAGUACAAAACUGUCAAGAUAAAGGACAAAGGCUAUGUUGAGACAGUCCCGCAGCUGCAGGUUAUAGGUGUUGGUUUUGACAGAACUCUUGGAGGUCACGAGAUGACCCUUCGCCUUCGUGAGCACUUAAUUAAGGCGUGGGAAGCGAACGGUGGAGGUGACGUUAGGGCUUCGCCCCGUUCGAUGGAAAAGUUGCUUCGGGAAGCUGAGCGAGUCAAAGUUGUAUUGUCAGCUAAUUCAGAGCAUUAUGCGCAAAUAGAGAGUUUGCUAGAUGAUAAAGAUUUUAAGCAACUGGUGACCAGGUCGCAGUUCGAGGAGUUGUGCAGUGAUCUGUGGGGUCGUGUGUCGGGCGUGGUGCAGCGUGCUAUAAGUGCGGGGGGCGGGGCGGGGGCGGGGGCCCGUCUCGUGCUGGCGGGGGGGGCCGCGCGCGCGCCUGCCGUCAGGGACGCUCUACAGGCGGCCGUCGGGCACGAGCCGGCGAGAUCAAUCAACGCCGACGAGGCUGCCACCAUGGGCGCUGUGUAUAGAGCGGCGUCCCUUGCUACUGGCUACAAAGUGGCUGCACUAAACGUUCGAGAUGCUGUACUUCUGCCGAUUCAAGUUACUUUCACUAGACACGUCGAUGGCAACGAUAAAUUGAUUAAGAGAACCCUCUUUGGACCCAUGAAUCCUUAUCCUCAAAAGAAGGUAAUUACUUUCAAUAAACAUACUAAUGAUUUCACAUUCAAUGUUAAUUAUGCAGAAUUGGAUCAUAUUCCUUCAAACGAACUCGUUUACAUUGGGUCUCCGAAUCUCACGCAUGUCGUAUUGACCGGAGUUAGUGCCGCAUUAGCUAAACAUACUGGGGACAAUGUAGAACACAAAGGAAUCAAGGCACAUUUCAAUAUGGACGAUUCUGGAAUCCUUAAUUUAGUCAACGUAGAGUUUGUCGCCGAAAAAACUGUGACAGAAGAGGAAGAUAAAGAUAGUACGUUAUCUAAAAUAGGUAGUACUAUUAGCAAACUAUUUGGUUCCGAUUCGGAAACACCAGAGAAAGUAGAGGAAAAACCGGAAGAGAAACCUGUGGAGGCUGAGAAGAAUGAUACAGUGAAAGCCAAUGAAACUAUAACCGAGAAACAAAAUGCUACAGAAACAGAAAAGCCCAAACCUAAAAUUGUUGUACUAAAAGAACCUAUUAAAACAGAAGAGGAUAUAUUGAAUUUGAAACCUCUCACUCCAGAACAAUUUAAGACUGCAAAAUCUAAGAUCAAUGAAUUGAACGCUAUUGAUAAAAAACGCGUGGAAAGAGAAACUGCUCUGAAUAACUUAGAGGCGUUUGUUGUAGAUGCUCAAAUGAAAAUUGAUAUGCCAGAAUAUGCAGAAUGUGGCACACCGGAACAAAUUGAAGAAAUUAAGAAAAUAUGCAGUGAGACCUCCGAGUGGCUAUAUGAAGACGGUUACGAAGCUGAGACUGAAUUGUUUGAGGAGAAAUUAGCUUUACUCAAAGAGAAGACUAAUCCUAUAUGGUACAAGCAUUGGGAACACAGAGAGAGGCCCGACGCCGUAGCAGCGAUCCGUAACAUGCUCAAUAGUUCCCAAGAGUUCCUUAAAAUGGCCAAAAACUUUACCAAAGAGUCCAACUCUGAAAGAGAUGUAUUCACAGAAGUUGAAAUUGAAGUACUCGAAAAGAAAAUAAUUGAAACUGAAACGUGGGUUAACAAAUCUAUCGCGGAACAAGAGGCUUUGAAGAAAAAUGAAGAUAUUAAACUGACUGUUGAGAGUAUACGAGAAAAAAUGAGUAAUUUGGAUAGGGAGGUUAAAUAUUUGUUGAAUAAGAUGAAGAUAUGGCGACCUAAGAAACCUGUUAAGAAAGAAUCCGAUAACAAAACUGAAGAGACUGUUGUUGAGCCUGAAUCUGAAAAGUUAGAGACACAAGAAGAGACCCCCGAGGUUGAGACAGAGACAAAAGUCGAUGAUGGUAAAAAGGAAGACUCGAGUGGGGCAGAUACUGAGCCUCCAUUACAGAUAGGAGAGGGCCAAGAUGAACAUUCCGAAUUAUAA